AAAAUAUUCAAUAUUUAAUUAAAUUUUUUUAAAUAAAAAUUCCAACCCAAUCCGUUAAAAUUCUCACAAAAUAAAAAAUUUUUCCACUUUUAAGACAUUUUUAUUUAAAAUCUGGUUCAUUUUUUAUUUUUUUAAAGUACUCAUUGAAUGAAGUAUUAACCCUUUUAUUAUCAUUAAUAAUUUUUUUUAAAUCUUGAAAAUUUUAAAUCUAAUCAUCUUCCACAUAAGGGGGUUAAGUACACAUAGAAUUAAAAAUAUAAAUAGGAAAAAGCAGCCAAUAAACACCAUCACUUAAAGCUCCUUUGAAAAAACUCGUAACCCAGCUAUAAAUUAGUCCAAAGCCAAUAAAAUAAGCCACAUUUUAUUCAAAAUAAGAUAAAAUAUACAUAUUAUAAUUCCAUUUUAGCAUAAAUAGAAAUAAAGAAUAAUAAAAGCUAUAAAUUAGAAUUAUAAUUAAAUUUCCUAUAUAGGGUAUAUAUGAUAGAAAAGAGCAUAUUAUUACAGAAACGAACAUAUAAACUAUCAUAAAAACAAUUUUCUUUAAUUAAUUAGCAAGCAUAUUUUCAAAAGAGUGAUUACGAAUUUCUAGAUAGUUUUUUUAAUUCGAAUCAUUUUUUUCUAUUUCGUAAGUUAAAUUUGCUAUAUCUCCAAACCAAAAAAAUGUAUAAGUAGUAGUCAUUAAAUACAAAAAACCUAACCAUAUAUAAUAUGAAAUUUCGAAGAUUAUAUGUGUAAUAAUAUUGUGGUUUUUUAUUAUUUAGGUAAAAGAAGAUUAUGAUAUGUAGUUUCCUAUUAUUAUUUAUAGGUUGAAAUAUAAAAUUAAAUGGAUUAAACAUUAGGCUAGGGUUUUACAUAUGUUUAUUGAAUUUUUGCCGCUUUGGUAUGU